UCAUUACAUUUUCAGGUGUCCGAGUUGAUCAUGGCGAAUCUGAAGACGCUCCGAAUUGUCGGUGGAAUCGGGCUCACUGAAGCACUGGUGCUGAAUUCGUCGCGCUUGUCGUUGAUGAUGUUCGAUUUGGGCUUUGAGGUUUCCCAGAGCACGAUCGACGACCACUUGCUCAAGAUCGCCACUAGCGGCGCCACGUUCCAGCACUUGUCCUACACUGGCUUCAUCGGCCUCGAUCCAACCAGUGACAUAGUCUUCCUAGACCAAUGCCAAGUGAACAGUCUUCGUCUGACAAUGAUGCGAGGACCAUAUAUUCCUCCUCAGCCAGAUUAUAUGAUUGGAAAGGUACGACAUAUCGACCAUUUGGAAUUAGGAGAAGUUGUCGACAAGCCAAACAUCUUCAAUUCUCUGAUCACCUACGAAAACGUCUUUAAGAAGGUGUUUCCGAAUGUUAACGACAUACAUUAUUUUCAGCAUUGGUAG